CUCUUUUCUGCUUCUUAUUUACGCUUCUCCUCUGAUUUAAAAGCAUCCUUUUCCAUUCCCCGUAGAACAUCGGUAACUAGAGAGCAGAUUCCAUUUGGAGAAGAAAAAGAAGCAGCAAGUAAAAGCUAUGGACGAUCAUUCAGUUAAAACCCCAACGGUUUCAUCAAUCAAGAUGUGGCCACCAAGCAAGAGCACACGCCUCACACUCAUCGACCGCAUGACCAACAACUUAACAACCCCUUCCAUCUUCUCCCGUAAGUACGGUCUCUUAACUCCCCAACAAGCCGAGGAAGACUCCAAGCGAAUCGAAGAACUCGCUUUCGCCUCUGCCAACAAACACUUCCACAACGAGCCUGACGGUGGUGGUGACGGCACCUCCGCUGUUCAGAUCUACGCUAAAGAAUCCAGCAAACUUAUGCUCCAAGUCAUCAAACGUGGUCCCAAGGAGGUUGAAUCGAUGAACAACAACACCAUUACUGAUACCUUGUUUGAUUUAUCUGGUGGAGUUAGAGCCUUCAUUGAAGAAGCCGAGGCACGUGAGCUUUUGAAGCCUUUGACUGAUCCUAACAACUCUUUUACGAAGAUCCGUUUUACAAACAGGAGCUUUGGCUCCGAAGCAGCUAAAUUUGCAGUUAGCGUUUUGUCUUUGGUUAAGGAUCAGUUAAUUGAAGUGGAUCUUUCGGAUUUCGUUGCGGGGAGACCAGAGGCGGAAGCUCUUGAAGUUAUGAGCAUGUUUUCAUCUGCCUUGGAAGGUUCUAAGCUUAGCUUUUUGGAUCUUUCGGAUAAUGCUUUGGGAGAGAAAGGGAUUCGAGCGUUUGCUUCUCUCAUUAAGUCUCAGUAUGACUUGGAGGAGCUUUAUCUGAUGAAUGAUGGGAUCUCCGAGGAUGCAGCGAAGGCAGUUCGUGAGCUGCUUCCUUCUACUAGCAAAAUGAAGGUUCUACACUUUCAUAACAACAUGACUGGUGAUGAAGGAGCAGUUGCUAUUGCUGAGAUUGUGAAGCAGUGUCCGUCUUUGGAAGAUUUUCGGUGUUCGUCUACAAGGAUUGGUUCUGAAGGUGGUGUUGCGCUUGCUGAAGCGCUUGAGUCUUGUAGCAAUUUGAGGAAACUUGAUCUUCGUGAUAACAUGUUUGGAGUUGAAGGUGGAGUUGCAUUGGCCAAGACUUUGUCAGUGUUGACUGAGUUAACUGAGAUCUAUAUGAGUUACCUGAACUUGGAGGAUGAAGGAACAGAGGCGAUUGCUGAAGCUCUGAUUAAGUCUGCUCCUUCUCUUCAAGUUCUUGAAUUGGCUGGGAAUGAUAUUACUGUGAAAUCCACUGGGAGAUUGGCGGAUUGCAUCGCCUCGAAACGGUUUCUUUGGAAGCUGAAUUUAUCUGAGAAUGAACUCAAAGACGAAGGGUCUAUCUUAAUCGCGAAGGCGCUUGAUGAAGGUCAUGAGCAGCUGGCUGAGGUUGACAUGAGCACCAACAUGAUGAGAAGAGCUGGGGCAAGGGCCUUGGCACAAACUGUUUUGAAGAAAUAUAAAUUCAAGCUUCUGAAUAUUAAUGGGAACUUCAUAUCUGAGGAAGGUGUGGAAGAGGUAAUUGACAUGUUUAAGGACUUCCCUGACAAGCUUGGUCUUUUGGAUGAUAAUGACCCUGAAGGAGAAGAUUUUGAAGAUGAAGAAGAGGAAGAGGAAGAGGAAGGGGAAGAAGACAGUGAACUGGAAGCAAAGCUUGGAGGUCUGAAAAUCAAGCAAGAGGAGGAGGAAUAG